GACGCGCCGCGCUCCGCACCGGCGCCGCUCCGCGCGCUACGCAGCCCGCAGCCCUCUCCGCCUGCAGCGAUACACUCGGCUUUGAUGACCAGCGGAUAGCUCCUCGUGGCCAGCAGAGACACCGAUGUGAGCGCGGGCGCGAGGCAGCGAGGCAGCGCGGGUUGAGCGCGCGGCGGCGGCGGGCGCAUGGCGGCCAGCGCCGAGCGCCGGCCGCGCCGCGGGCCCGCGCCCAUCGCCUCCUUCGACCACGACGUCUCCGACGAGUCAAGUCCUGAAAACAAGCAAGCCGCUCGCUUGCCGGAGAUCCGCGAGGAUCCUUCGUGUUCGAGCACCGACGUCGCCGCGUGCGCAGGCGACUCGCUCGCGCCGCCCGAGCAACGCGCGCGCUCGCACUCCUCGCCCGCCGUGCACGCGACCGCCCCGCCCGCCGCGCCGCCCGCCGCGCCGCCUGCCGCGCUGCAGGCGCCGGCCGCGCCACGCAUCGACAUCUCGCGCGCCUCCAGCUCCAGCCACCACGACUCGCGCGACAGCUCGCCCGAGCUGGCGCUGUUCGCGGGCGGCGGCGCGAGCGGCGGCGCGGACGCGCGCGCGCAGCUAGAGCUCGGCUUCCGCGAGGACGGCGCGCUGGACCUGCGCUCCUCCACCGAGGAGCUGGCGUUCCUCGAGGGCGCGCCGGGCGGGCCCGCGCCGCGCGCGCUGCCGCCCGCGCCGCCGUCGCGCCGCCACAGCCGCAAGGACAGCCAGGGCUCCGAGGCGGCACUGCUGGGCGUGUCUGGGCGCACGAGCCGCUUGUCCAGCGUGGGCUCGCAGUGCUCGGCGCACUCGGCGCUGUCGGCCUUCAGCCGCGCGUCGCACCUGUCGGCCGCGUCGGGCGCGUCGCGCUCGCCGUCGCCGCACAAGAUGCUGCUGGAGACGUCGUUCUGCGGCCCCAAGCCCAUAGAGACGGACCCCGAGAUCUGCGCCGCCGCCGUGGAAGAGCGGCUCCUGGAGAUCGCGCAGCUGGCGGCGGGCGCGCCCGUGGACGCGCGCGACCGGCGCGAGGUGCGCACCGAGGCCACGGUGGAGAGCGCGAGGCCGGCCAGCGCGCCGCGCCUCGCCUCGCCGGGCGCGCCGCCACCCACGCCCGCGCCCGCACCCGCGCCCUCUUGCUCCUCGCUCGACGACGACAAGCGCUCCAAGGAGACGAGGAACCGCGCCCGCGUGGAGGAGCGCCGCGCGAGGGCGAAGCGCGAGAGGGAGCCCUCGCAGCCCGAGGUGUACAGUCGCGGGAACCGAACCAAAGAUAUCAUUAGGAUAAAGCUCAAACCGGACGACGAAUACGACAACAACGACGAGGACGAGAGCGAGCGCAUGCCGGCCAGCGGCGAGCCGGCGCGCAAGCCCGCGUCGCUGGCGCUGGCCGAGCCGGACCCGCCGGCGCCGCCGCGGCCCGCGCGCGACUGCCGCACGCCCUCGCCCUCCGGCGCGCCGGUGUCCCGGAAGUCGUCCUUCUGCUCGCUCUUCAAGUCCCGGGAGACCAUCGCCUCCCCGGACUCCCCGUCUGACGCGCUGCGGCGCAAGAAGAGUGUCAAUGAGGGUCGCUCGCGCAGCAAGAGUCGCGACCGCUCCGCCACGCCCACGUCGGCGGGCAAGAUCAAGGGCUCCGUGCUGUCCUUGUUCAAAACGCCGCGCCGCAGCGGCGCCUCGCCCUCGCCGAGCUCGCGAGACGCGUCGCCGGGCGUGCAGCCGCGCCACUUCCCGCAGCCGCCGCCGGACCGCCAGCGCGGGGAGAAACUGAAGUACUACGAAGAGGCGCAGAACGGGAUCAUACACAUACCGCUGCGCACGCCGCCCGACGAGCCCAGCUCCAAGGACGACGACGAGCGACCGCGGGCUGCGGCGCCGCGCCCCGCCUCGGCGCCGCAGCCGCGCGCGCCGCCCGAGCCCACGCGCCGCACCGUGCUGCCCGACGGAAGCAUCAUUAUACCGCUGCACUCGCCCACAGAAAAAACUGCCGGCGCUAGUACACCGUCCACCUGCAAUCUCGCCUCGACGUCCGCGGCGGAGAGCGAGGACCCGGAGACGCAGCGCGGCGCCGACGUGCCGCAGCCGAGCCCCGACGCCGCCCCGCAGAGCUCCCCGCCCGCAGACACCGCGGCGGAGCGCCCGAGGAGAAAGGAGCGAAUCGUUUUCACGACGCACGUGGGGAGCAAGGAGCAAGUGUUCAGCACGCAGUUCAGCAUCACCAAAACCCCCAGCGUUACCAGCGAGAUAUCAGAGUCGAUCCCGAGCUUCCCGGAGAGCGAGGAGGUGCGCCCCGCCGACCCGCCGCGCCCCGCCUCCGCCGGCCGCUCGUCGUCGGGCUCGGAGGCGAGCUCGGAGGCGGCGCGCGGCAGCGACGCGGAGCGGCGCGGGCUGGUGGUGCAGGAGUCGUUCGAAGAGCUGCCCUACGUGCCCACCACGCUGCCACUGGAGCGCUCGCUGGCGCUGCCCAUGGUGCCGGUGCGCGAGCGCGGCGGAGUACGCGUGGCGCCGCUGCAGCGCCCGCGCGCACGUCGUCCCUCCGCGCCGCUGCCCGCGCUGCCGUCGCCCGGCCCGCCGCCCGCUGCGCCCGAGGGCGCGCGCCUGCACAUUCGCCUGCCGCGCCGCGCGCGCACCGCGUCCACGGCCAGCACGGGCGCCGCGCCGCCGCGCGCGGAGCGGGCGCGCUCGCGCAGCGGCGGUGACGCGGCGGGCGCGGAGGCGCGCGGCAAGGGCGACUGGAUCGACUUCGCGGAGGUGCCAGAGCGGCGCAAGCAGGCGAAGCGCAUCCAGACGCUGCCGGCGGCGCGUGACGCCGUGCUAUUCAACUACGUGCCGCCCGAGCGCUGCCGCUGCGAGUGCCACGCGCACGCCGCGCCCGACAGCGAGCGCGACGACGAGCGCGACGCCGAGCCCGCGCCCUUCACCGCCGACCUCGACUUACGACACAACCACACUGAAACGAGCCUCCAGACACGGCCGCACUGACGCCGGGCCUCCGGACACGGCCGCACUGACGCCGGGCCUGCAGACACGGCCGCACUGACGCCGGGCCUGCAGACACGGCCGCACUGACGCCGGGCCUGCAGACACGGCCGCACUGACGCCGGGCCUCCGGACACGGCCGCACUGACGCCGGGCCUGCAGACACGGCCGCACUGACGCCGGGCCUGCAGACACGGCUGCACUGACGCCGGGCCUGCAGACACGGCCGCACUGACGCCGGGCCUGCAGACACGGCCGCACUGACGCCGGGCCUGCAGACACGGCCGCACUGACGCCGGGCCUGCAGACACGGCCGCACUGACGCCGGGCCUCUCCGGACACGGCCGCAUUGACGUACCUUGCUCCUCUCUACGAGUUUAAACUUUUAUAACAUAUUAUUAUAUUCUCUAUUGACUUGACUUGUCUUGAACGAGAUGUUAUCAUUUUUGAGAUGUAAAUUUACCCGUUAGGUAUACUUGUAUGAAUUUAUAGCGUCGUUUGUAUCCGACUAUCCAUCGUUGAUCCUACUUUAGCUGAUGUUUUGGAUGUUUAUUGAAUCGUUCCAUUGUAAAGUUUCGUUAAGCGAUGUAUGUGCUGUACCAUAGGAGCUCUAGCGGCAGCCGGGCGAGGCGCGAGGCGCGAGGUGCGAGGCGCGAGGCGCGAGACUCGAGGCGCGCCGAUCGCACUUUGUCUUGAAAUCUCGUCUACGCUGAAAUCUAUUUAGAUAGAUACAUUAUCAAGAUGCUCUUGAAAAAAGUAUAUUAUGCAAUUUAAGUUUAUGUAAAUAAAAAGAGAGAGCAAAGUCAGGAACAAUAAUCUGUCUCGUUGUAACUGAAAGUUAGGUCUCGUCAUACACGAAGCACUUACCUGCGCUCCAUGAGCUCCAGUCCACGCAGCCGAACGUUCCCACUGCAGACCAACUGUAAAACCGUGAUACCUACAAGUGAAAACCCAGACUUUAUUGAAAUAUAAAACUAGAUUCAUAUAGGUAACUAUAAAAAUCAGACGUAUCGAAUUACCUACUUUACCCUCGACAAAUAGGGUGCAAAGCAUUUCGAUGGUGAGUUUCUCCACUCUCUAUAGUGGAUUGAGACCAAACGAGCGAAUGCUCGCUUUCUUUCUUUUCGCACGGUCAAUGUAUGUAAUGUGGAUGUAAUGGCCGUAACCCUGUUUGUGCAGGCCAAUACAUUAACUAGGUAGGUACUAUAACUAUUCGCCCAUUCGGUCUAAGUCCACCUUAAGAAGGUCCUGCUACCUAUCAGUUCGCCUUUUAAGUCAGUUGAGAACUUGAGAAGAAAUAGGUCACGGAAGCUAGUCCUUCUAGUCGGCACGUUCGAAGACAAGAAGGUAUAGGUAGGUAGUACUUCAAACUUAAAUUGCAUAGCAGUUAACUUUAUACCUGUUCACUUCAUUACUUAUGAAAUGUUAUAAAACUUUGGGGCAGGAAGAUCUUAUUUAUUAGCUUUUUAGGAUUCCGUAAGCCGUACCAAAAUGAUAAAAAGGGAACCCUUAUGGUGCGACUAAGCCUGUCCCUUCUGUCACACCCGCUUAUUUGUCAUAACUGCCUACUAAUACUGUCGACUCGUGGGAUAGUUGUAAACAAUGUUUGCUGCCAUAUUGCAAAUAAAAUAAUUCAAAAAAUAUUAUUAUUUUGUAAAAGAAACUGAACUUCGAUCUUACCGCUCGAAGCGGGGCUCCUACUACUAGAUCAUGAAAUAAUUACUAGGUCAAUAGAAAUCAGCAGUACCUAAACCUUUGAGUGCAACUACUAACAACUUUAAUUUUGCUGUCCAAAAAAAAUGUAUUUUAGAGAAACUAUUUAACUAUAGGUAUGUUUUUCCCCAAGACACGGAACCCUCUGUGAACGAAUCUUACUCGCACUUGGCUGGUCUUUCAUCACUACAGAUGUGUUUGUUGACACAACAAUUUGUGAUUGUGAAUGAGAUGCUGAAAGCCUCUAACGCUUAACUGAAUUUUGUUUUUCAUUUUUGAACUAAGAAUAUAAAGGUAGAUAAGUACCUACUUUUAUUUAUUAGUGUGGCCCCAAAUAUUUGGGCCAAUAUCAAUGAGUGUACGUAUAAUAUUGUUUGGGGCGCGCCGCCGACGGCCGAGCGCUCGCCCGGCUGCUCGCUCGCUGUAUCUUGUAUUGUUAGUUCAUUUCAUGAUGCAAUAACAAAUAAGAAUGUAUGUACCAAUGUUAAAGUACUUCUACAGUUUAGGUGAAAGUCUGAAAUAUAAAGAAUAUAAAUUUUUGCUUUCCA